AUGACGUAUGUUCGAAGAGAUUCCUCUUUCAACGAAGACUAUGAGGUGCCACACGGCAACACUUCAGUAGACUUCUACGCAAGACCGAUGACCUUAAAAGAGGAAUACUUGACGGAUGCAUACCCACUACACUCUAUUUUUCAGUGGCGUUUCGGCUUCUUACUCCGCUACAAGCAAAACAAAAGCCUCCAAACCUUCUAUAGUCUACCUUUUACAAUACCCGUGUGGGUAUCUAUAAUUUGGACCCUAUUGCUGAGUACUGUGGUUUUCUAUAUCCUAAGUUAUUGGGAGAGACGACUAAUAGGUGGCGAGACUUGUUUACAUCACGAAUUUUUACUGGCCUUCUCGGCGUUUUGUCAGCAUAUUUUACCCCUCCAAGCGAAUCUAUGCUCGCGUCGCAUAGCCUACUUUAUUUUCAUCUUUAGCGCAUAUAUAAUCCACUGUUUCUAUACAUCCAACCUGCUCUCACACCUAGUGAACGACAAGGACAGAAUUAUGGACUUGAAAGAUCUGUCCAAUAGCGACUACGAGUUUGUCAUAAUAAAGGAUAUGAAUUUAAUAACGGAUAGACGAAUCCAUCAGUUGACUACAGAUAAACACCUCAAGACCGUUGAGAAAAAGUUUCAAAACACUAAAGUAAUGACAGUGUCAUCCGCUUUGACAGCAGUUCGAGAUUCUAAAACGGCUGUUUUAACGGAUUACAAAACGCUGUAUCCACUUAUUAAGAGAAUGUUCGAAAACCACGCUAUAUGCGAGCUGAUGGAAGUCGAUCUUUACCCCAAUAGGAAAGGAAAUACUUCUUCACCUCCAAAAAUUUUAAACAUAAAGAAAAAUUCAAAAUUGGGUGAGUAA